AUGUCUAUACCCAGCAACAGCCCAGAAAGAGAGGGAUCUACUGGGGCUCCCCCACAACUGGAGUGUCCCUCUUCCCCUACUGGUUUGGAGCCGGACCCCCUGUCAACAGGCAGCCCAGUGCUUAGUCCAGACUCUUCUUCCCAUGAUGCAGUGCUGUCAGCACCAGCUGCCUCCCCGGCAGACUCAGAAAACCUGAGUCCCGAUGAGCUGGAGCUGCUGGCCAAACUGGAGGAGCAGAACAGGUAAGACUAGCAACUGUCACCAUGAUUUACAGCUGGAGGAAAGGUUCAUCCCUUUAAUACUGAAGCAAUUAGACUUAAUGAGGGUUUAACUCUACUGGCAACCAAACGUUGGCACCGCAGGCCUAUCCUGCUCUGGUUUUAUCACUUGAUCUAACAGUGUGUGUGGGUUUGAGGGUCAGAUGGUUUUAUGUGUGUGAAUUUUUAAACCUUUACCAAAAAACAUAAGGAAAAACUUUGCAGAAUAUUUAAUUACUCUCGCAAAACAUACAGUUAAAGACUUUUAGGCUUUCUUCAUAGAGAAAUAAUAAUGCAGAUUUAAGACAAAAGUGUACAUUUGUUCACACUGCUGGCAUUUUAACAAAGUCCACAAGUUGCUUUUUGAAUUUGUAAAUAGGACUAUGGAAAUAAACUUAACUGUUUUAUUUUUUUGUUUUGAAAAGGAAAUUUUUUGUAUAAUGGCUCUGUAGAAUAAGCAUAUGGUAAUACUGAAUUGAAAAUAUAGACAUUUCCACAUACUUACCGUUCUUUCAGCUGUUUCUAUAACAUUUAGUGACCUACAAGCUACUGAAGUAUAUUACUUCAAAAUAAAAGCGUCACUUUACAAUGCAGGACAUAAUAACACCAAAACUCAAGGUAGUAAAAAAGAUCAAAAUAAAAGCCCGUAAAACAAGUGUUUAAGUUUUAGUCACAGGGCUGAUGAUAAAUCAUGAAACUAGAUAUUAUCAAAUAUCGUUUAUUAGUUUAGUAUAUGAAGUCGUGUGUCGCUCCACCCUUUCCUCAGUUUGACCGCGAUAAAGUCAGCUGAUGAUGAGCAUUUAGAUAAACUGUAAACCAAAAAAGUUUCAGACACUAGUAAUAAAAUGAUUUUGAAUCACAACCCUCAAACUAAAAAAAGACCCUCUGGAUUUUAGAUUUUUUUUAAAAACAGAGCGAUCAAGUGAGACGUGUGUUCAUGUAGAAAAUAAUGAGGGUUAAAGAUUUUGUAAAACAGCAGCUGAUUAAUGAGAUGGUUGAAGGUGGAAGAUAAUUAAAGCUUCAUAAGUGCUGGAAAACAAAAUAAUCAUGUCGGCUGGAUGCCUUUGUCAAAUAAUCGAACGGUGGAUGGAGAAGGAACCUUGGAAGAGAGAGACGUGGUCAAAGGCUGAGGCUUAGGAUUUGAACCGCCUAAUUAGAGGACUUUAAUCUUUGUGCAUUAGACACACAGUCUAACCUCUGAGUCAGAAGCCUUUUUUAAAUGUAGAGAAUAGCCUGUGCUGUGACUGAUGCCCCAGCUGUGUGAAAUACCUGAUUUAGAUCGGUCAAAAAUCGAAGUCCCUAAGGACAACCUGAUCACACACAUCACACAUAUCAAAUCAGUCUACAGGAAGGGACACAUCUAGUGCAAUCUUUGGUAUUUCACCACUCCCUGUCGACUUUGCCACAUAAAACCAAACAUCAGUAGUCAGCAUGAAGGAUAUUUGUUUGUUAAAACUCUAAAUUAAUGGUCACCAGCAAAGUAGAUGAGAAGUGGGAAACCAAAGCAGAAGGUGCUAAAGUGAAAGAGACUCCAGACAUUUGCUCAAGUUAAUCCUGGAGCUGCAUGGAAAAAGCUGAAUCAAAGUUAUAUUUAACACAAACUGAAACUCAAACUUGAGAAGUGUUUUUAACUCUAUGACAGGAUAGGAGUGAAAUAUGCAAAAGAAAGUUGGUAUGAAUGUUUUGAAAAGUAAAGCAGUAAAGCCGACUGUGGCUCUUAUGGAUUAAGAGUGAUUGUUUGAACCGUUUUUACAGAGAAUAAGAGUUAGUUUCUCAAAUGGAAGAUUUCAGCUUCCUAAAGUCUACAGUCACCGUGAUUCAUAGAAAUAAAUGGUUCUUAACGUGGCAUUUAGAUAUGAAAACCUUUGCCGGGAAAGAUCAUCGCCUACUGCGAAAGGAUGAGUAUGAAACGAUAAAAGCUAAUGUUAAUUUGACCCAGAAUCACAAAUCUGCAUGUCCUACAUUUGCGACAAAUACACAGAGUUACAAAAAUAGGUAUGUGGGCAAACAUAUUGCGUGAGUGAACGCUGCACGCUGUCGCAUUUGUGUUUUUAGGAUUUUUUAGUAAAAACACUUUGAAUUUAAAACAGAAAAUAACAGCAGGACUAUUACUUUUAAGUCAAAAAUACAGAAUCCUUCUCUAUCUACACAGUGUGUCAGAUGAUAUUCUGUAUGUCAGUUCAUUAUCCUACAAGGAAACAAUCUUUCUGAGGUGUACAGUCAUUUUCAUUUAGUCAGACAAAGAUUUUCUUUACCUCAGUGUGAUAUUUGACAUUGUCGUUGAAUCACAUUAUGACCUCCUCUCUUGAAAGUCUCCCUGCUCCUGGAACAAACCCAUCUCUACAAGUGAAGCACAAACAUACACCCAGUCUUUGAUUUUAAAGUCAGUCAGGAAGCUUUUGAAGAUCAGUUUGCACAGAAAUGAUAUCUCAAACCUUUUUUUCUUUUUUUUCUGAGUCAUGUUUAAGAGAUUCACUUCUCCAUUCAGCUAAAGUCACGUAAUUCUCUGCUGUUCAUGGGAAAAGUCCUGAGGUGAACAAUUUGCUUUGAUUAGAUUCGAUUAACCCCAGCAGAGGCACAAAAGACAGAGCAUCACUUCUAAAAUGAUAUGAGUGGUGCUGUGAUAUUUGAAGUGUAAGUCGUCGUUCUCUGGUUCCAUCACGUCUCAGCAUGUGAUGAAGGUUAACGUGAGAGUCAAAUGAUUUAAAAGACUAAAGACACUCAGGGGUCGAAGGAGGACUGAAGUGAGCAGCCUCUGGGAAAAGAGUGUCUCCUCCAUCACUUCAUAUCUGCACCCUGGUGCUGUGCGGCCGCUGACUCCAAGAGAGACAUACGAAUAUUUAAAGAAGCAGUUCAUGCUUUGGGUAUCAGAGAUUCAUAAUUUAGUUUGAUUAUUCUGUCAUGCAAAAUGGAAAUCCUGGCAUUUCCUUCAGGCUUUUGAAAUAAACAUCAGGAAACAUUUUUAUGUGAGUAAACACAUUUCUUAGUUAGAGGCUGAUCCCAUCGUUAACAUUUAACCUAGCUAACACCUACAAUUGUAAACCUGGAAAAACAGCUGGAUUGGAUCUGUGAAGAAAUCUUGUCUGUUGACUGAGGUGGUCAGAAACUUAAAGUCCCACUCUGAUUGUAUUUAUUAUUAUUAAAAGUGUUAUCAGUGGUCUUUCAAUUGUGAUUAUGAAGUUUUUAGUCAAAAUCACAAUACCUGUGUUAGAGAACUUUUCUUCUGCAGAGCUCCAGUAGCUUAUUAGCAAUUGAGUGCUGAGCCGUGGCCUGCAUAGCUGGGCUCCAGGGGCGGAGCUUGGAUUUGUGACAUAGGAAAUCUCACUGAAUCUGAGCCUGCCGUUUGGGUCUGUCAGAGAUUCACAGCGAUUUUAAUGCAGAAAUACUCAGAAAUUCAAUUUUGCACUUAGUUUUCUCAUGAUAUGUCCUGUAGCAUCAGAAAAAUGCCAUAUGAACAUGUAAACAACAAGAAAAACAUGAUUUUCAUCUGAGUGGGUCUUUAAGGUUUGUGUCUAUGGUGUUGCCCUGUGCACACAAAGUGACACCUCUCGUCUCAUUGCAGGUCCCCUUCUGUGUUCGUUUCUGUGUGUCUGAUUACUAUGAAUAUUUGCUGGUCUGAGUCUCUGACGAUCAUCUGGUCUGAUACUCACCCCCUCACAGCAGUCAUAGCCAUGAAAUGAUGAAAUAAAAACAGUCUGAUGGUGCAUGUUAUAAACAGGCAUCACUUUUGAUCUUAGUAUGCUCAUAGCCAGCUAAAAACUGGCCAUAUUUACAGUCAGUCAUUUAUUCAACUCUCAUUUGUAAGUUUAAUGAGCUUUAUCAAAAGUGUCAGAUUUCAGCGCAAAAAGACUUACUGGUUGAUCUUGGCCUCAAAAUCCUCACGGGUCAAAUCCUCUCAAAGCCAAACUAACAACCUGCCAAACUGACACGAUCACAUGUGCAGUUGUGCUGCUUGGAUUACUACUCAAAGAUUCCCUUCCAAACUCUGUGUUUACUGAAGAAGUGUCUCAUCUUAUCUGCUGUUUCACUUAAUACGAGAAAACGAAAAAAUGUACAGAAAUCUGCGACAAAACAGACAGGAUUUAAUUUUCUCUUUUGUUUGAAAAGUACAAAAGCCUGUUUAAGAUUAAACUUAUAUUGCAACACUGACUUAUGCGCUUGAGUUUGAUUGAAAUCAGUUAAGAGGUUUUCCUUUAAGCUGUGUGUGUGUGUGUGUAAUAUGAUCCGAUCAGUCGUUGAAACCAGUCGAAUCAGUCAUCUAUUGUAGAGUGAGCUCCUCGUCUUCCUCUUGCAGGCUGCUGGAGGCGGAUUCCAAGUCCAUGCGGUCGAUGAGCGGUUCCCGACGUAACAGCGGCUCCUCCCUGGUGUCCAGCUCCUCGGCGUCCUCCAACCUGUCACACCUGGAGGAGGAUACCUGGAUCCUGUGGGGCCGAAUCGUCAACGAGUGGGAGGAGUGGAGGCGUAAGAAAGAUAAACUCCUAAAGGUGAGCGUCAAGAAACUAGAACUGGAAAAUAAAAGUUUUUGCCACCAGACAAGAAGAUGAAUCAUGUAGUAGAGUUACAAACAAGAACAUCAAAAAGGAGAUUAGCAGCGUCCACGUUUUGCUUUUGCAUCCUUUGUGCCAGAACACUGAGGGCGUUCUGGACGGCUUAAAAUCCCUGAGUCACCGCUACAUCUUCAUCCACACACAGACUUUUUCACUGGUCUGUUUUUGCUCAUAAGGUCACAGUGUCCGUCUCCUCGUAGCUGCGAGCAUAUGUGUGUCAGAAACAUGUUGCUCAGUAUUUUCCGCAGUUUCAUUUUUGCUGACAUUCCCCCGCGACAGAGUCUGUCUGAAUCUGUUUCAAAAGGGUUGCAAUAAUCCUCACAUGAAGCUGCCAAUGCCUUUAAGGUGCACUGCACCAACACGUCUCUCUCCAUAUGCCUCUGUGUCCUCUGUGACAAAAAGAGGCAAAACCCAGGAGAGGUGAGGAUGGAUGAGACAGAGGAAAACAAAAUGACUCCAGGUGAAAGGAGAGAGCAGACAAAGAGCAAUCUGACAGAAGCUGCCAAAAAACUCCACAGACACAAAAACAAGAUGGCAAAGUCGGAUUUUAAUGAAAGACAUGAGUUGGUUUACAAUAACUGUGAAGCACGAUGAGUGACUGUCAUCAUGAAAUAACUCUGAUUUAUGAUCUUUAAUACAAUCUAUCUAUUAUUCAUGCAUUAUUGAUUCUUCUCUCGUUUUUUUGCUCUUGAAGAGAGGCUCGAAACUGCAUUCCUCUUGACACAAAUGAACGAGUGAGGUAUUAAUCCUUUUCAUUGCCUCCGUCCCCAGGAGUUGAUAAGAAAGGGAAUCCCUCAUCAUUUCCGCGCCAUCGUCUGGCAGCUGCUGGGUAACGCCACAGACAUGCCAGUCAAGAACCAGUACUCCGAGCUGCUGAAGAUGUCGUCCCCCUGCGAGAAGCUCAUCCGCAGAGACAUCGCCCGCACCUACCCCGAGCACGAGUUCUUCAAAGGCCAGGACAGCCUGGGACAGGAGGUCCUCUUCAAUGUGAUGAAGGUGAGGGUUGUAAAAAGCUGAGAAUCAGGGACGUUUCUUUGUUGGUCCUGUUGACUACUACUGUACUGUACUGUAGACAUUUAUGAGGUUAUUUGAUGUGCUGACACUGUCGUAGGGAUCAAAACGCGGUACUGAAAAGGACCCAAAACUCAAAAGAAUUAUAGAGUCCGCUAGGCUGUUUUACAUACGGUUAGAUUUUGUUCCGUCAUUUAGUAGCGUUUGUGGAUUAAACCGAUUUGCAAGCUUCAAAAAAGAGGAAUUCUGGUGGUAAUAAGUGAAAGUGCGGAUAAAAUAUAUAAAGUCAAGCGGCAAAGUUGGAUAAAAACAUGUGCUAGAAUUGAUACAGCAGUGUGGUUGGCUCAUUUAAACCUGCAAAUACAAACAAAAAGUCUCAAAACUCACUUGGGUACUUUGUAGGGCUGGGCGAUAUGGCCUCAAAUCAAUAUCACGAUAUAUUGAGCAGUUCACCUCGAUAACGAUAAAUGGACGAUAACUACUCCACAAGCUGCUCACCCCCUCCUACAUUAAUUCUGUCUACUUCAUCUGCUACAACUUUUGAUCCCUCUUUGUUACAGACUGGAUGGGGUGGCGUCGUGUCUCGAACAUGGGACAGCGUCUUAAAGGGACAUGAGACCAUACCCUACCGACACACAUCCAAAAACCAACGUUUAUUAUAUGUAUUUUUUUGACACCGGAUAUAUUGACAUGGGCAAAAUGUAACAUUAUAAAACUGUAACAUUAUAGAUAUAAUUUAAUCUGAUUAAAUUUGAGUGUCGAAAUAAUUUGUUUCAGCAUGACAGACAGAUACUGAAAAAAGAGGCGAGUGAUUAUAUCAGAGUGCCAUUUUGACACACUUCCAUCCUGCAGUUGUUCAGAUGUGGUCGCAUUGACCCAGAAAUGUUGAAAUGGCUUUUUAAGUGUUACCUUGCAUUUGUUUUGCGGUUUAAACAACUCUGCAGUGAGUCAAUGAUAUGUGUGGAUUGGAUUUUUUUCACAACCAUGGAGACCAGUUUGUUCGUGAUCACCGCAUCAGUCUCUGAUCGCUGCUCAACUGCAGGAAAUGAACAGAGCUCUGGUGUCUGGUCGCUCACACACAACCUGAGUGUUCGGUCGAGAUUACAGAUAUCAUCUCUGCUGCUGCCGAUGAUGAUGGAAACAGCACACUGCAAAGCCGAUGUUUUGUGUUUUCCAGGCAUACUCUCUUGUGGAUCGAGAGGUGGGCUACUGUCAAGGCAGCGCAUUCAUCGUAGGUCUGCUGCUUAUGCAGGUAAUGACUAAAUAUUACAGGUAAAUGGUCUAUAAUGAGGAUGUUUUGCUCCUAAGGUUAACGCGGCAUUAACGAGUCCCAUUAGAUUUCUCAAAUGAGCCACUUUCAAUGUUUUAAAAUUUACAAGGUCAUCCCCAAAGGUUAUCAGAGUAAAAACAAUCCCUGAAGGGUGUAAUCGUUGACAUCAGCUAUUGAGAAAGCUAUACUCACCUGUCUCACCUCCUCCCAGAUGCCUGAGGAGGAGGCUUUUUGUGUUUUUGUGCGCUUGAUGCAGGAGUAUCGUCUGAGGGAGUUGUUCAAACCCAGCAUGGCGGAGCUGGGCCUCUGCAUCUACCAGUUUGAGUAUCUGCUGCAGGUACAGAGGAAACGCACAAACCCACCAAACUUGCAGUACUCUGUUUUGUCCACAGAAGGGCAGCAGAUUGUUAAUUUACAGUACUUCAUUUUUACAGAUCAUGCUCUAAAGUCAUGCUCUUUUUUUUUGUCUUAGGAACAACUCCCUGAGCUGAACGUUCAUUUUCGAUCCCAGAGUUUCCACACGUCAAUGUACGCCUCAUCCUGGUUCCUCACUCUUUUCCUUACCUUCCUCCCUCUGCCUGUCGCCACACGGAUCUUUGAUAUAUUCAUGUAUGAGGUAUGAAACAUUAGAGUAUGUUUACAGUAUCUUAAGAUGUAUUUAUUUAUUAUGUAGUCUCAGCACGGGUAAUAAAAGAUCUCAUCUGUCUGUAGGGCUUAGAGAUCAUCUUUCGUGUGGGCCUGGCCAUCCUGCAGUACAACCAGACUGACCUCAUUCAGCUGGACAUGGAGGGCAUGUCACAGGUAAGCAUUUUUGUAUUUAUAGAACAAGCUGCAAGUGAAAUGCGAUCAAUUUUGUCAUAUCUGCUGAAAGACGGAUCGACUUGACCCUGUAACGAGAUUUCACAAAAAAAAAACCUCAGGUGUGUUUGAUCAUUUUGAGUGUGUUGACACAAAAGCAGGAGAGAAAUGAUGAUUGAAAAAAGAUGUUUUGUCCGAAACACCUGAGGUGAUCGAGCUUUCUUGGCUGUGGGUCCCAAAUAGUGUGCCACUCGAGAUCAAAACAUCCCCCACCCUCUCUUCUUUUAAGUCACAUCUUAAAACUUAUUUUUAUUCUUUGGUUUUAGUUUAGCGUGAGAGUUGUGUGAUCUCUGUCCAUUUAUGCCUUCGAUGGUCCUUAUCCCUAGGGCUGGGCGAUAUGGCCUUAAAUCAAUAUCACGAUAUAUUGAGCAGUUCACCUCAAUAAAGAUAAAUGGAUGAUAACUACUCCACAAGCUGCUCACCCCCUCCCACAUUAACUUCGUCUACUUCAGUCGUCGCUCCAGACGCUACAACUUUUGAACCGUCCUCCAUCUCCUCACCUGUCUUUCCCUCUUUGUUACAGACUGGAUGGGGUGGAGUCACAUCUUAAAGACCAUAGCCUACCUACACACAUCCAAAACCAAGUUUUAUUUAGUUAUUUUUAUGACACCGAGUAUACCGAUAUGAGCAAAAUGAUGUCGGUUAUAAUAGUAAAUUUUGGUAUUAGUGAAUUUCCAGUUUAUUGACCAGCCCUUCUUAUUCCUGUGUUUUUAUCACUUCUAUUUCUUUUAUGUUUUUAGUUCAUUUUAAAUUAUUUUUGCCUGCUUGUUUUUCCCCUGCCUCCUAAUGUUUUUACUUCUGCAGUGUUUGUUCUUUUUGAUUUCACUGUGCAGUACUUUGGUAAACUUGAAUGUUUGUAAAAUGUGCUAUAUAAAUGGAAUGGAUUGGAUUGGAUUGAAACACCCACAGAACUACUCAUUUGGUCAAGGAUACUCCAGUAUAACAAGAUCAUAUUUGUUCAUUUAGACACACCUCGUUCCUUGUUUUUCUAUACCAGCAUCAAUUACUGCCUGAUGAAUUAAACAACCCCUUCACCAUGAGGCAAACAUCGAGCCUAAUCGCCCUUUUCACUCUUCUACAAUGUGUCUGCCUCCACCUUCAUAAAAUAUGAAUGAGCAUGUUUGUUUUUUCUGGAGCUCUGAUCAUGUUUUGUUUUUUUUUUCUACCAGCAUUUCCAGAAAGUGAUCCCCCACCAGUUCGACAGCUGCCCAGACAAGCUGAUCCUCAGGGCCUACCAGGUUAAAUACAACCCCAAGAGGAUGAAGAAGUAAGCGUGACUAUUAUUCAUUACUCGUGGUAUUGUAGGAUAUAACACACUGGGUUGUUGUUGUUUUUAAAAAGAUGUAUUACUUAGUGCUGAGACACAAUUGAUCAUGUUGUUUUUCUUCUAUCAGACUUGAGAAAGAAUACACCACAAUCAAAAACAAAGAGAUGGAGGAACAAAUCGAGAUCAAGGUGUGUGUUUUGAACAUCGGUAUUGGCUGCAAAUAAUGUGCAUGCACCAGUGUCAUACGCUGAUGUGUAUCAGUUGUUUUGCAUCGGUUCCAGAGAAGAGGGUUUGAAUUAAGCAGUAAAAGUCUCCUUUUUGACCUUUGAACUCUGGUUUCUGAUCUGAUCAUGGUUAAGGUGAAAGACGGUGUCUGCAGUGUGGGAGUAUUACACCGUCUCUGAGAAAGAGCAGUGACAUUAAAGUUGGUUCAACAUGUGAAAAAAAAAACGUUGGUAUCAGACACAGCUGUUUGCUAAAUGAAUGUUUCCAACAUCAGGUCAGGUAUCAGCCCAGGUUUUCACAGUGCAUCUCUGUUUUUUAAUAUGUUAUUGUUGACGAGGGUAGGAACAAUAACCUCACAGCUCUUUAACAGUAAUAUCUCUCUCUCUCUCUCUCUCUCUCUCUCUCUCUCUCUCUCUCUCUCUCGCUUUGCUCAGAGGUUACGCACAGAAAACAGGCUCUUGAAGCAGAGGAUUGAGACGCUGGAGAAGGUAAGAAAUGAGCCUCGAUUUCAGUGUACCUGCUGAGAUUUAUCACUUUUAUCUGAUCAUGUGUCCAGAAUUUAAACACUGUAACAAGAAGCACUGGACUUAGAUCCAUGAGCUCAUUUGGGGUGUUGGUUUUCUUCUCCUGUGACCCAUGUCGGGGUUUCCCCUUCCUCUUAAGCACUCUGCUUUUAAAACCACUGCCUUUGACCGUUUCCUCAUUCUGGGUAAAAUUCUGUUUUUCUGAUUGAUCUCACUGCUGUCUUUUAUCUUCACAAAAGUCUCUUCACAUCUUUUCAUACAGCCUUUCACUGCUCUUCCCUUUCUUUGACUGUCUUGUUGAGCGUUGUGGUGGUUUGUUCCUCCUGGUGUUCGAACGUCUUUCUCUUUCUUCAUCUUCCUUUUUUUCAUACUCUUCUCCCUCCUUCUCGCUGCGCUGUAGGAGAGUGCAGCUCUGGCAGACAGACUGAUACAGGUAGAGUACUCUGCACCAUUAUCUCACUGACCUCACUUCUCUCCCCUUUAACCCUUCCCUCCUCCUCCUCCUCCUGCUCUCCUUCUUUGCUUUUUUCCUUUCCUUUCUUAACAGUCACCGGCGUGCAGAGGUGCAUGGCAGGAUAUUGUUCAUGUUUUCAUAUUUUUUCAGUUUACAGGUUCACCCUGUUAUCCCCAAAUGCAUGCCCCUUUUAUCAUGGCAUUGGUAAUUAUUUCAGGUUGUGCUGUCCCUGCACGUGGCAUGUCAAAGUUUAGUAUCAUUUAUACCAUACUAUCAAAAUCAUCAUAAUGGAAACAUGUUUUUAACUAAGAUAUUUAUGAAAGAUCCCAUAUGGUUUGACGUUUUGGAAAAUGUGCUUUCUGUUCUGUAGAAGGUGGUAAAAUGAAAAUGUCUUGAAUCAAAAUAAAAGAAAUGUAUUUUUGAAUUGUGAUAAGAUGCAACCUAAAUUGAAAUAUCGGAAAUGUAAACAGCUUCAAAAUCUGACACAUUUGCACAUAAGUUAGAUUUACUGAAAAUAUAAACCUGCAUGAAGAAGUCUCGUUCAGUCAGAGAUUUCCUCAUCAUCCACCUGCAUUAAACACUUUCCAAAUCCAUGUUAUUACUUUGAGCCUUUAAGGAGUUUUUAACAUCUAAGAAAUAGACUAAAAUUUAUAUUGAUGAAUUGCAAUGAUAUGUUAAAGCAAACAAGAUCGUCAAUGACGUGCUCAUUUUUUUUUUUACAAUGAAUUUUGAUGUCUGAAACCAGUGCGAAGUAGAAGGUGUUAAAACAAUUUGAAAGUAAAACUGUAAAAUUCUCUUUAGUGGCAGGUUAUGGGGAAAACAAGUGACAUCAAACAAGUCUCAAAUGUGAAAACAUUUUCAACAUUUGUUGUAAACUCUUAUUGCACAGAGUGAACAGCUGCAGAUCCACUGUCUGAUGUCAGGAAUACCUGAUUGCACUCAUGUAAGAACCAAUCUUGAAGGAAAUCCCUCAUUUGGAGCCUUGUUCACUUAGAGGCUCCUCAGAAACGUCCUCUUCACCACCUUCGGCCAUGUUUGUUUGUUAUUCUGCUCUGUGUGGGCUAUGGCUGCGAGUCCGUUGCUCGUGCUUACAUUACCAACUUGCGUUUAUCACAUUUAUCAAUUUGAUGGAAAAUAUUCAUUGUGGAGGAUUUUUCUGACGAUAAAUCAUGACCAAUAACUUAUCGCCCGAACCUGAUAGACAGCACUUACCUCCUGACAGACCUGGACUGACUGUGUCCUCAUGUUUUAAGUCUGUAAUGCACAUAAGUUCUCUAAAAAUGCUGCCCCCCUUAUCUUCAAACUGAACUGACUGUAACAAGAAGCCACCUCUCUGCAAGAAAGCCACUGAGCAUGUUUCCCAAAACAGAAAACUUCUAUUUUAGGGUAAAAACAUCCUCUCACUAACAUGUAGAUGAAAACGAUUCAAGUUGCACUCCCUUGAAACGAGUCCGACCCGGUUCCCAACAUUAGCAUUAUCUGUAUCUUGAUAUUUAGACAGUGCAACAGUCUGGACUCAUGCUGAGGUACUGCUAUUUCAGGGUCAGGUGACACGGGCACAGGAAGCGGAGGAGAACUAUGUGAUCAAGCGGGAGCUGGCGGUGGUGAGGCAGCAGUGUAAUACGGCCAGUGAGAAUCUGGAGAAAGCACAGGACACCAUCAGAGAGCUGCAGCAACAGAAGGUAAUCACCAACCCUCCGUGUGUUACCACCCAACACUGUUGUAGCAACAGAGACAGAUGUGCCAACACAGAGCGUGACAGCGCGCAAUAUAUUCAGUUUCAGGGGUAGCCCCUUACAGUAGAUUUGUGUGAUAGAAGUUUCUGCUAAAGCAAAGCAGUUGGGCUGAAUUUGUGUACGCUUUGGUUGUAAAAUAUUCGAUAUGUUCUUUUGUUUAGUAAAGAAUUAAAAUAAACAUAUUUCCAACAUAUUCAAAGAGGUUUUUAAGAAGAAAUGUUGUAACUCUCAGUGAAAUGUUGAGUCAUUUCACAGUAAGCAGUCAGUCUUUGGUUAGAUUUGCAGAAGUCAGUAUUUGAUUAAAAUGAAACCGCAACACCUACUUUCUCAGGACUUCAUUUGAAAAUCGUAAAAGUUCAAGAGAAUAGUAUCUUCUUCAACUUCCUGACCUUUUAUAAGAGCGUGUUUAUGAAAGUCUUCAGGUUUGACACACAUCUGAAAAAAAGAGCUUUACGAAUGAAAAGCCUUUUUUUUUAAGGUGGAGUGGCAAACAUAUCGAUAAAAUUAUAGCAGUCAAUGAAAAUAAAAAGAGAAGAGUUGGUGGUGAUUUAAAAAUGGACAUAUACUGCUUAAAACAAGUUUUUGCUUAAAAAAACAUUUUGAAAAUAAGUUGCAAGACUCAUUUGGUUUUAGUUUGACACAAGAUACGAUUUAUAUUCUUUGUUAUAAAAACUCUAAAUCCAGUGAUGAAACUGUAGUACAGUCAAGGUACCCCAUCAUCAGUGGCUUAUUCAAACACACACACCCACACACACACACACACACACACACACACACACACACACACAGACUCAGGGUGCCAGUGUCGUGCUGUGCAGGGACAUUAUGUGCUCAGGAGUGUGAAAUUCAGAUAAAAGCUCCAGGUAAUUCUUUGCUGACGACGCCAAACAUUUUCUUUCUUUCUUUCUUUCUGUGAUGAAAAACUAGGCAGCGGGCACAAUGAUGUUUUCAUUUGAACCUCAAAGGAAAUGAGAAAUCUACUUCUGAAUAUGCCGAGCUCAGCACCUGUGGACUGUUACAGAUCAGUUCUUUUUUGUUCGAAUAGUUUCAGUCAAAUAAACCAACAAUGAGGUCGUACUGCUUCCCUAAAUCCAGGAAAAGAUAUAAGUAUCCUGCAUUUUCUAUUUGAUACAGGAGUAGAACUUGGACUCUUAAAAAAAAAACAAAUCUGUGUUUUUCUUGUUCUGGAACUUAAGGCACUCUAUGAGAGUUAUGUUUUUUUUUUGAUGAAAACUCUUUGUAUAUCACUGUCCUCAUCAACAAUCCAGCUUCAGUACCUUUACUCAUGCAUAUAAGGCUCUUGAAGGAGCAAACUGAAUUUAAAACUGAUGCCUCUUCACAAGACCUUCAACAAGGUCAAUAUUUUGGACUUGCACACCCUACAGUAUAAAAUAAUGUAGCAGCGAACAAUGUUGUUUACUGUCUGUAUUUACCUCUAACUUAAAGGACAAAACGGACCAAUAAUGAUGUAACAUAGGACUGGGCGAUUUGGCAAAAAAAAUGAUCAUGAUCUAUUUUGUCAUAUCAAUUAUUGACACAAUUUUUUUGUAUAUUUUUUUAAACUGCCAGUUGUAAAGCAUCUGUACUAAAAACUUUAAGUUCAACAUUUUAUGAACAAAGUAAAUAAUAAAGCAAAUUAAAUAAGAUAAACAUAGGAAAAUAAGAAAAGUAUUUUAACUCAAAAGUACAACAAAUGUCGGUAAAUAUUUGAUAAAACAGUGAACUGGUUUACAGUCCUGAGUGUUUUUGCAGGUAUGCAAGACCCAAAAUAAACAAAUGUCCCCCUCAGGGAUAAUGAUGACGCCUUAAAAUGUAAACAUUAAAUGAUGUAAACUUAGAUGACACAAUUGGUUGCUGCUUUGGUCUGGUGGCUAAACUACUAAUGAUACUUGUGCUAUCAGCAGUGACAGGCUGUGCAGACUCCGCUCAUAUUUUCAAGCUUUCCGCUGCCGACAUACUUUUCCGCAAAGUAUGUCGGCAGCACCGACCGCCAACAUACUUUGCAAUUGCUCAAUGCCACUUUGGAGAUACAAGAACCACUGCCACACAACCAACAUUGAAUAACUUUUUUUUCUCAAUUAUGCGACUUUAGAGGAUGACUCAAAGUCAUGGCUGACAUCUAUUUUGCUGCCCUCAGCUCCACGAUCGGUCAUUCUGUUUACUUCUCCUGUUUACUUCUCCGGCAACUAACAGAAGUGAGCAGGGAAAGCUCGACUCUGAUUGGCUGAUGUCACGCACAUUUCUGCUAUGUUUGAUUGAAUAAAUAUGCUCACAGCUGAUCCCCGUGAUCGAACUGAAAUUUAUCAGGAUCAUAUAAUCACCCAGUCCUAAUGUCACACGACAAUACAACUUUGAAUAAUAGUUUAACUAAAACAGGCCUGUUUUAGAUGCUGAGUAACUUUAUAUUUAGAUACACUAACAUUGAGUAAGUUUGGUAAACAUUAUAUGGGUUACAUUACUAAAGCAGGUGUUAUAAUGAAAAAGGAUCCCCCCUCACAUUUUCAGUCAUUGUAUCCUUCUCAUUUAACGUGAUCUGUGUAAAAAUCAUAAGAGAUUCUGUCAGAGGACUUCCUCAAGUGUGAAGGAGACAAAGAUAAUUUUCCCCGCUGUAAAUAGAAGAUACUGAACUGCAGUAUCUUGCUAAUAAACCCUGCUGGUCUUUAAAAAAAAAAAAAGGUUUACAGUCGUCAUGUCAUCCGAUCAUACACAAAACAAAAAAAAUAUGCAAAUGCCCCCUUAAAAGAAACAGUCAUUGGAUAACUAGUUGGUUUUCAAACGUUGCAUGAGAGCGUGAUGCCAUUUUAAGGGCGAUUUUCUCCCACCUCAGAUUGCUGGCAGUCACCACCCCGUAAAGUUCACACACCUCCACACUCAUGUCUAAAAACCAAGACUGAGAAGUCUGAAAUGACAAAUCAAGACUCAAACUCACGCAAUGUACUCACCCAAUUUCAAGCUGUAGUGUUUUGCUUUGUAGGAAAGUAUGUUCCACUCGGCUCUGUGUUGGUUUUUCUGCUGCCCUCACACCUCUGUCUUGGUAGUUUCAAUCCUCAUGUGCUGACAUAAAAAUCUACAGUAGGUUUUUAUGUGAUGACGCCACUCUGAGUCACGGUUGCAGGAAUGAAGAUAGACACCACUUAAAUUUUGAUGAUCAGCAAAUUUAUAAUUGGGUAACUGGAGUGAGGCUGUGACCACAUUCAAGGAAUCGGGGCGAAUUUCCCUUCAGCUCUUAGGGUAAAAAACAAAUCAUCGCCCGCUCUUAAUGACAUGGGGACGCCCUAGAAAGAAACUAGGGAGAAAUGAGAGUGAAACUAAAAGAAGAGAGAUAAAAAUCAUCGGCUUGUGAUGUUGAUAACCAUCAAAGCAUUGGGUCUGUUUAAGGGACUCGUUUGCUCGACUUUUAACAAAAACUCUGAGACCAAGUGAAAACAGUUCCCAGAAGUGAAUAAAUAUCUGAAUACUGCAACAGAAAGACAAAGGUGGUCAAAGCCCUGCUGUUCCGUCACGCAGUAAACCUGUUUCUUUUUCAGUACACUGAGCAGUUCGUGACCAACUUGCAGACCCAGCUGGAGCAGUCCAGACUGCGUGAGGCCGAACUGCUUGGAGCGCUGAAGGAAAUGCAAGACAAAGUCCUGGACCUGGAGAAGGUGAGCAUGAAAUACUCGUUUUAGCGUGUGAGAGGGAACAAAGUGUGAAAGACAAGCCGAGGCAGCAGGCAGAGGAUACUAGUGAGUGUGUUCAAGGUUAUCCUGACACUACAAAAAGGGGGGGAAAGUAUGCUCUGAGUAUUUUUUUUUUAAUAUUUUUAGAUUCCUCCCUGCCUUCUUCUAAUGAUGAUUUUCCUACUAGAGGUCAGAGAAAGUAACUGUGUCACUGUUUAUGAGGUUUCUGACCUCUUGGUUCUCGGGUUAGCAGCAUUUUAUCAUGACUCACAAGUUCAGGUAUUAUAAUGUGUUAUGCUUAUUGUUAUAAAGCCUUAUGAUAAUUAGUAAGUGUUUAUGAUGAUCGUUAUACAAGUUUAUAAGUAGUUAUAACACAACAUAAAUAUAUGUUUAAUGCAUUAUCUAUGUGGGCGUUGUCAGUGACUUGUUAACAGUUAUAGGUAACCUUUUCUUUUACGGUACACUUAUUACCAGGUAAUUAACAGGUAAUUACCUAGUAACAACAUGAAAUUAUUUGGUAAUUACAUGAUAACUACUAAGUCAAUACUGUCUAGUUUUUCUUUUUUUCUUUUUUCUGUGCAGCUCCAUUUUCAAAAGCUAUUUGGCGUUCUUAUUUUCUAUGAUUGACACUUAGUACAGCCUAUGGACGUGUGAAAAUUGUGUAGCAAUGAGCUGUUUGAGUCAAGCAUUAUCACAGCGACUCACCCGCCGAAUGCGUACAAUGCUACUGCGCAAGUGGUGGUUCCAGAUACAGAGAAAAUCCUGGAAAUACCAGAGCAAUUCGGAUUCAAAUUUGUAUGAUGAUGGAAGGUUACCUACCUGGUAGCUAGACAGUAUUGACUUAUAGUAGCUUUCAUGUAAUUACCAGAUAAUUUCAUGUUGUUACUAGGUAAUUACCUGUUAAUUACCUGGUAAUUACCGUAAUGUACCGUAAAAGAAAGGGUUACCCAGUUAUAACACAUUAUAAUACCUGACCUUGUAAGUCAUGAUAAAAUGCUUUAUAAUGUGUUUUAAUUAUUGCUAUAAAGCAUGAUGAUCAUUUAUGAGCGUUUAAAACUAUAGUUAUACAGUGCUAUAACGUGAUUAACAUGUAUUAUACAUAUAUUUAUAAUACGUCAUAGAGAAAGGUGUUACUAAAAAAACAAAAACAAAACAAAGUAUGAACAUCAGUCUGUUACUCCUGCUUUAAAUCAACAUAGUUAGAAUUGUGUAGGCUCUCUUUGUGGUCAGCAGCAUAUGUAAUACGUAUGUAUUUAUAUUAAUUAUACAUCCACUCAGAUGAACAACUGCCUGCCCGAUGAGAACAACAUGGCAGCUCUGCAGGAGGAGGUGAAGCAGAUGAAACUUCGGGAGCUGGAGACGAUGCACUCUUUCAGAGAAAUGCAGGACUCUGUCACUGAGCUCAACCAGCGCUGGCAGGUAACAAACACACACUACUGCUUGUGUUUCUCUGCAGACCCACCAAAAGUCCACCUUGACGUCCUUUAGCUGAGCAGAGUUACAGCUUUGCAUUUUUUUUCACAACAGCAUCACAUGUCCCGAGGCAGCAGCACAGGCGGAGGUGGCGGCCACUGGAAGGAGUCCCCAAAGAAGAACGCCAUGAACGAGCUGCAGGACAAACUCAUGACGGUCAGACUGAGAGAGGCACAGGCGCAGGCUGAGCUCCGAGAGGUCAAACUUAAAGCCCUGCAGCUGGAGAGCCAGGUCAGACAAAUUAUACACACUUUCAUUUCUACAUAGUGGGAAUAAAUGCCCUUCUCCUACACGGAUACAUUGAAUUUUAAAAAUAAAUCAUUUUAGUGUAUUUCACAUAGAGCCAAAGCAAGAUUAUAGAGCAGAGCAAAUGGUGCCAGGAUGAUACGGCAAACAGUUAAAAAUUCAAGUCAAAUAAUUAGUCUAUAAGUAAAAGUUAACUACGUCAGGUUUUGAUAAUUUUGAUGGUACAAUAUUUUAAUCAUUUUAGAUUUAAUAGACUGACUGAUUUCUGAAAAAAUCAACAGCUAAUUGAUGACAAAAAAUAUGCCACUCACAGUUUCCCAUGUUUUUUUUCUGUAGAACCAGAUUCACAGCAAGCUGAUCGGUCGAAACGAUCAGGAACGCUCUGCGCUGCAGGAUCGGCUCCAGAUGUUGGCCAAUCAGAACAAAGCUCUCCAGACUCAACUCAGCGAGAUGAAGAGGAAGCAGGCCGAGUCUGACUGCAAGGUUUGGAUCCGAUCAAGAGGGGGGAGUAAUGGACAGGACAGCACCAUUUUCCUGGCUUAGCUCAAUCAUAAUUAUAUUAAUUAACGUACUACAGGGAGAUUUAAACAAGAUGAUAACAUAAAGAAAACAACACAGGGAUGAAGAAAACAUUAACCUGAAAGUGCUUAAGUAAAAACUGAUGAGAAGUAUGGAAACUCAAACUCUAAAUUCUUGUUUUUGUUCAUUCUUGAGUAGGACAGAAGUAAUGAUGGAGGCCUGGGAUGAGAGAAAGAGGUCAGAGCAGGACAUAGAUAAAGAGACUGAAAGAGCUCAUUAUACAUUUUCAAUAUCCCGCUCUGAAAUCCUCUUUAUCUUUCUUUUGAAAAUGCAAUCUUCUCUCAGUUUCUUUCUUUCUUCUGUUUAACCGUCGUCUCCCUCCUCUCCGCAUACAUCCAGAGCAAAGAAGAGGUGAUGGCGGUGCGGCUGAGGGAAGCAGACAGUAUGGCAGCCAUGGCUGAACUCAGGCAGAAGAUCGCUGAACUGGAGAUACAGGUCAGCGUGUUUAUACGUCUGCGUUCCUCUAAGUCACUCAUGUCUGCAUGCUGGUGAUUUCUUUAACUAUUUAGGCUCAACUUUUGUGUGUGUGAAAUAAAACAUAUAUAUAUUUUAUACUUUUCAGAAAGAGGAGGGGCUGAUCCAGGGUCAGCUGAACCACUCCGACUCUAGACAGUACAUCAACCAGCUCAGGGACCAGAUCACUGAGCUCAAGAACGAGGUUGGACACACAUCCUCACACAUUACAUAUGGAUAUAGUUAUUGUCAGAGGGACCCUGAUUCAGAAUACAAACAUUUGGAUGUGUGAUGUCUAUAUUUUGAAAGACAGCAAUUUUGUCGUUUUAUAUUGUAAUAUGAUAACAAUUAAUGGGCGAAGUCACUUUUAUUUCUAUUAGAACAUUUAGCGUUUUUUCUGGGUUAUUGAUCGUACAUCGUACAGAGGGCAAAAUUAUCGGACAAAUAUGAUAAUUAGCGUACACCUGGUAACCCUGUUGCACUUUAUCAUAUUAAAUAAUUUUAUUCACCUUAAACGCAGUAUCUUUUUUAGAACUGGAGCUGUAUUACAGCACGGUUAAUUCUGCAGUAAUGUGAUUUAAAAUUGAGUUUUCUUCAAAGUGGUGUGUAAGUACUGAUGUAAAAAGUUGAAGUCAUUUUAUCUUCUGUGUUAUUAGGACACCAAUCUGCCUCAACAAGUGUGCUCUAAUCACGUCAUUCUGCAUGAACUAAAGAUGAGCGACCGACCUCAAUAUGUGUGUGAGGGGGGGACGGGUGUUUUUUCUGUUUCAGUCGAACCCACAGCUGCGCCACCUCUGUACACAGUUAACCACUCACACUUCUGCAGUGGGUUUAGUCCAUUUCUUUUAAAUUCACUCCUGCUUUCUGUGCAGGAGACUUUGAGGUUGAAUUAAUUAGACUCUCUGAAUAUCUCUUUUCACUCUGACCUUGUUUUGAAGACACGAAAUUCUCUUCAUCGGUGACUCGGAGUUUGUUCAUUCAGAGAGUUGCCGUGCGUGACUCUGAAGUGCGGGGGUGCGAUGAGACUGCACUGAUCUUUACUGCUCUUCUCCUCUUUCUUUUCAUCUCCCCACCUUUUUUUAUCAGAGCAGUGGUUUUCAGCGAUACUGAAACUUGUGUGAGUGCAAAUGAGGAAGUGAGGAACAAUUUAGAAAAAUCUCAGUGUAGUAGUUUGAGCCGUUGAGUUAUACCGACAGUGAUGGUAAAUAAUCACAUAAUCAGCACAUGAGAAGAACUUACAAGCACUUUAUUUAGUUAGUUGACAUAAAUUUGCUGACAUUUGAUAUAAUAAUGUACUUAAUAAUGGACAAAGACAACAGAAUAUCUCCAUUUAAAGCAUUUUAUAUACUUCCUUUAAUGUUAUCAGCUGUUAUGUCAAAAACAUAAUCAAAGCAAAUGUCCCGUGAGAGCCUGACAGAUGAUCUUUAUUUCACUUGAGCUGAACACAGUCACACACUCAAAACAUUUCCAAUGGUUAACCACUGUCUGCCUCCCCCCCGCCCCUCACCUCGCCUGAGUGUGUGAUAGGGGAAAACUAAAACCUCUGAGAUUUGUCAUGAGCCACUGACUGUAGUACAUGCCGCAUGAUCAGGCGAGAAGUAUGCAUGUAGAGAUGGCUUUUCUUUUCUGUCAUGCAAACGCGACAAAAGAUGGAGGGCAGCAGGAAAAAAUAAAUCUAAUUUGAUUUGUAAAUUAAUCACAAUUUUUCUUGUAUUUAUCAAACUAAAGGUCAAAUCAUGUUGCCCCCACCGUUCUAUUUUCAAAACCUCAAAAUGGUGAGAGAUGCAAACACCACAGAGGUUGUUUUUUUUUUUUCACACGAAAACAACCCGCAAAAAAAAGUUUCCAGCCAGCACCUGACAUAAAGUGACGGCAUCAAACCAUUUCAAGGCUGUUAGAGUCGCGAAUAUAUCAAGUUUGACCAUAAACCCCAAGUUCUUGCAGAACACUUUUGAGAAACGCUAGAGGCGUCAAAACGUCGACAAUGAUAUGAAAGGGGUGAUUUUAAAGACAAGUAACAUCUAAUACAGGCCACUGUAUGGAGAGACCCCUCUCGGGGUUUGUAACCUUUUGCAUUGCGCGUGCUCUGCCGAGUGGCACUGCUUUAGGUGGUGAAAAAGAUUUGAGGUAUGAGGUAUUUGAGGUAUUUAUAAUUUGCAGUGCACAUUACUCUGCUUCAUGUCCGACCUCAAAAGACCAAAAUACCUCCACACCACUGACGUUUUCGUGCCAGGGUUGUCAUCAUCUGUUGAGCCUUCAUCUGCAUUUCUGUCGGGGGUCGCACUCAUUUCCUCUCUUUCUCCCCGACAGUGCUGUCGACUUCAGCUGCAGUGUGCUACUACGCAGUUGUUUGCUACUUGGCUUUAAUUCAUCACAUGAUUGGUUUAGUGCAAUAUGGAUAUAUCGAUAUUUAAGGAAAUUAAUUUUAGAUAUCAUUAUCGUUUUAUCGCCCAGCCCUACAUCUGGUUAUGGAACACAUUUCCUCUUAAUGAGCUCAAAAAAACAAAAACAACCAUCAAUUAGAACAAAAACUAUAUCUGUACAGUUAUUUAAACUGGCUGUGUAACAUGUUGAAGAUUUCUUAUGUGUGUUUUUUUUAUUUUAUUUUAUCCAAUUGAGAUAAAAAAAGGUUAAAAAAAAACUAGUCUAGCUAUAAGAAGUAUUGAAGGUUAACUAUUAAUUGUUGAUAGAGCCUUCAGCAAAACUUACACCUGUCUUUGUAUUCAGAUCCGGCUGUUGCGAGGGCAUAAGGCAGCUCCCAGCUCCAGGGUCAGUGCUGGAGGCGGGAGCACCAACUACCAGGAUCUGUGUCUGGCCAGCCCUGCUUCAGCAGAGGGGGACUACCUGAGCUCGGACGACGACCUGCUCCCCAGCCCGUUGCCUGCUAACGCCCUUUACCCUUCCCUCUCCGGUCCGUGUCACCCGUCUCCCCGCUUGGACAGCGAGGGAAGCACGGACAGCGAGGCAGAGGAGCAAGUGCGGACACACCCGGACCCUCAGCAGCUUUAUGGCAGCAUGGUGUGUGCCGAGGCGCUGGAUAACUGA